CAGGAAAAGGGCGGGCGCAAAGCAGCGAAAGGGGCGAGCACACUCAAACCGCAGCCGGGAAGGCUGGCAACCAAGGACCGACGAGGUUGGGCCUGGAAGCACCUGCGCGACCUCCUGAGGCAUCUCCAGGGGGGCGGAUUAAAGUCCAUGCCUCCGGUGGGCGUGGGGCUGGGGCUUCGCGGUUGGAGGCUGCCCGGCGGGGAGAUGGAAAAGAUGUGGGAAGCGGAAUGCUGCUGCACGGGAAGCCGAGAGGGCGCGGCCACCACCUUGCAGCCGCCAGAGAAUUUGGACGCCCGCCGCCCAAGCC